AUGCGGAUCAUAAAUGAGAGCACCAUACCGGAUCGGUCGCUGCCCGGGUUACCAACGAGCGCCUACGGCGCUGUGCCCCAACAGGGUGCCGGUGGACAGUAUGUGACUGUUGGGAGGAGAAGAAGAGGAGGACGGGUUCGGAAGAAGCAAGAAAGAAGGAAGGACAGAGAAGUAGAGAUAAGAGUUGGUUCUCUAAAUGUUGGCACCAUGACUGGUAAAGGGAGAAAAUUGGCUGCUGACAUGAUGGAGAAAAGAAAGAUAGAUGUCCUCUGUGUACAGGAAACUAAAUGGCGGGGAAGCAAAGGGAGGCUGGUUGGAGGAGGUUGCAAGUUGUUCUAUUAUGGCUUGGAUGGAAAGAGGAAUGGCACUGGAGUAAUAGUAAAGGAAAAAUAUAUCAACAGUGUACUGGAAGUGAAGAGGGUAUCUGAUAGAGUAAUGAGUUUGAAGAUGGAAAUUGAAGGAAUACAAAUAAAUGUGAUCAGUGCAUACGCCCCACAGGUGGGGUGUGAGUUGGACGAAAAGGAGUUCUGGAGUGAGGUGGAGGAAGUGAUACAGGACAUCCCCAGAGAGGAGAGGAUUGUUAUUGGACCACACUUUAAUGGACAUAUCGGAGAAGGAAAUAAUGGUGACGAGGAUGUGAUGGGCAAAUAUGGUGUGGGAGAGAGAAAUGCGGAGGGACAGAUGGUUGUUGACUGUGCGAAACGGAUGGAGAUAGCAUUAGUGAAAACCUAUUUUAAGAAGAGGGAGGAGCACAGAGUUACAUAUAUGAAUGGAGGAAGGAGCACACAGGUAGACUUUAUUCUGUGUAGGAGAUGCAACUUGAAAGAAUUUAGUGAUUGUAAGGUUGUGCCCGGGGAGAGUGUGGCAAGACAGCAUAGAGUGUUAAUUGGGAACCUGAGCCUGAAAGUGAAGGCAAGGAGGAAAGUGAGGACUGAACCAAAGAUCAAAUGGUGGAAACUAAAGGAGGAGGAGUACAAUACAGCAUUUAAGCAGGAGGAGAGAGCCAAGCUUUGGUAG